GCAUUAAGAUCCCCUUCAAAUCCUUAUUAAUUCUUUCCCUGCUUCCACAAUUUGUUUACAGGGCUUUGUGGUUUGCAUGUGUAAGAGUCAUAAUACAUUGCUAAGGGGAGGGUUAAUUCAGCCAUCUGAAUUGUGCAUUUAAUGCUGGCGAUGGGGAGCCCCCCCCCCCCAGGUCUUUUCUCUCUUACAGGAGCAAGUCUCACAGUCUAUGUCUGGCUCCUGGAAUAGCUCUAGCUUCCGAACUCGUGAGUCUCAUCAUACUGCUUAGAGGUGACUGUUCCAGUGUAAUGUGCCUGUCAUGCUAGGGCCUAGUCACAGAGGGAGGGGUGCUUUCUGAGCAGCAUCUGCUCCAGUCUGGUUAGAGUACAAGAAAAUAGACUCAGGCUACCACCAGGGAAGUUCCAGCCCAGCACAGAUGUGAUGCAGUGAUGACCUCACAGUGGUGGUGGUUAGCAUCAGAGCACUCAGAACUUCUUGGAGGUAAAGCUCUCAUAGUCUCACACUGGAGGACAGUGCUGCUGGGCAGCAGGACACUCCAGGAAACUGCCGGGUCCUAGCUGAGGCGGCAUGUCCUGAGCUUCAGGGCCAGGAAUUGGAACGUGAGUCUUCAGCAGCUUUCAUGCUGCAGCCUCAGAACCUUGGAUCAAGAGAGAAACGAGGCCAAAAGCUACCACUUCCAAAGACAAAGAAUCACCAGCUGCAGGCUUGCACCAGGAGCAGUGGUGAGUCAUGGAGUCCCCCUGUCCUUUCCCACCUCCUCUGAGCAGAGGCAGUGGUGCUAUUGUGGAAUCUUCUCUGCUUCAUCCUUUGCUGCUCAUCAAGGAUGUGAAAGAGCAGCUAAACACGCACAUCAGAAAAAAGAGACUCCAGCUCCUGUGGGGCUUGCCACAUAUAAUCCUGAACUCCCUGGCAGCAUCCAUCCCAUCCAUCCCAGAGUUCCUGGAAUGCACAGCGCUGCUGGAGUCUAAAGACUACCAGCGGCCACUCUUCAGGGCAGAAAGGCGUAAGCACCUUGAGCGACACCUGAGAGAGAAAAUGGUGCAUCGCAAAUGGGGCCUUCCCAAGAGAAUCCAGAAGUCUUUGAAAUGGUUUAUUCCUCCUGAGGCAGCCAAACAGGAGCCCAUGCUUGAUGAGAAGGUUUCUAUAUCUACCUCUACACAUACAGGACUUUGUGAAGCUUCAUGUGGGAGCUCAGAGGCCUGUACUAGCAGGAUCUGUCUGACAGCACAGAGAUCUGAAGGCAGUGGACAAACCACAGUGACACUAGGCACUACAUCUGAGACCACUCUAGCUGGAAGCAUAAGAAAUCUUCAGAGAUGUCAGACCCGAACAUGUCCACAGAAUAAAACAGGAGAGGAGUCUUUGCUGCUGGAAUGGUCUAUGAAUUUCAACCCAGAUACAACUGAGCUGCCAGUGAUUGGGGAGAAGAAAAAGCACCUGGAGUUUCAGGGAGGGAAGGAGAACUGUGACCUUUCAGAAGACACUGAGGGCUCCAGGGAUACAUUUUUGCUGGGUACAAGUCCACCAAGCACACAACCAGCUCUCCUCAAUGGGGCUCAGAGUGAAAUUGGAACUAGCUUCAUGAACACACGGUUCAUAAAUAGCAAGGGACAAUGUAACCAGAACCUGGAGCUCGGGACGAAGCUAGAGAUGAAAUGGGGUGUCUCCUACAUGUUCCAGGAAUCCUCUCCUGCCAUGAGACCUCCCCCUGCCCAACUCACUUACUGGGAGAGAAAGCCCAGCUCAGGAGCAGAAAAAAGCAGUGGGUCUCAAAAAUUACCCCAUAGGUGCCAAUGGGGAUUUUCCCAGGGCCUCUUAAGAGCCAUCAAUCCUCCAGAACAGUCACAAUCACAGCUGCUUUCACAGGGCAGAGAGGAGGUUCCAAAAUCUAACUUUGUCCAGGAAGGACAGAAAUUUCUUGGAAUAGCUGGCUCUUGUAGGUCAGUAACUAUGCACAGAACUGAGCGUGAUGCAGCUGAGCUCUCUAGGGCCCUGUUACUGCCAGGGCAGUUAGCCUCACUGGAGGGUGAGAAUCAAGAGGCUAGGCAAAAGGUGGCUCUUACAGAGCUCCCUCUGGAAUCCCAGUUGCAACCCAGCCCAGCUGGAGUUCCCUGGGCUCUCAAUGGAGACAUGCUGAGGAAUAAAAAUCUUCAGAUUAAAUUGGGUUUGCAGAGUCCCUCCCAAGUGCCCAUGACCCUCAGCACCAACCCGGCAGCCUCCCUGCAAAUCCCAGGAGCUGAGGGUGAAGAAAGUCUUGUUACAGAUGACACAAAAAAAUACUUUGAAUUCCACCUGAGAGAAAAAUUGCUGCAUCAGAAAUGGGGACUCCCUAAGAGACUGCAGGAAUCCAUGACCCUGUUUCUACUGCUAGAAGCAACAAUAAAUUAAUGCCUUUCUUCCCCAAGGAAGACUGGGAUGUGCUGGUCUAGGUCUCCUUACUCUCCUCCCAGGACAGAAUUCUACAGGAUUUAUCACCUCCUCUAAAUUUCUGUUACCAUUAAAUAUAACUCUGGAUAUUCAUCUA